AGCUGUCAUCUGACCAUCGAUCUCAGCAUGAAACUCCUGUUUGUCUGCAGUAUGGUGCUAUGGGGCCUUACAAUAACUCAGUCUACAGACACCACAACAACUGAAACCGUGAAAACUGCAUUACCAACAACAACCACCGGGGGAGCAUCAACUAUGGCUACAGUUACAGCCAGCAUUGCAGUCACCACAGCUCCACAGAAAACAGAGUCAACAGCUAUGCGUACACUAGCUAGAAAAAUGGUUACAGAGAAUACAACCACAAGUGAGCAUGCAGAAAAUACAACCCUGGCAAAUGACACAGCUCAAGUUGAAACAAAAACAACAGCCAAAAGGACAUCUCAGAGAGCGGCAAGGAAAAGCAUUAAAGACACAACAAAUAUUACCAUGGCAAAUAUGACAGUCACAACUAUAGCUACAACAACUACAGCAAAUAUUACAGGUACACCAGUGAUGACAGACGUGGCAGUCACUGGAGAACAGAUUACAACCACCACAUCAAAUAUUACCAUGGCAAAUAUGAUAGUCACAACUAUAGCUACAACAACCACAGCAAAUAUUACAGGCACACCAGACAACCCUGACCACAUGAUGACAACCUUUGCAGUCACUGGAGAACAGACUACAGACACCACAACAACCACCACAGCAGAAACCACAAGUGAGCCUGCAGAAAAAACAACCCUGGCAAAUGACACAGCUCAAGUUGAAACAAAAACAAUAGCCAAAAGGACAUCUCAUAGAGCGGCAAUGAAAAGCAUUAAAGAUACAACAAAUAUUACCAUGGCAAAUAUGACAGUCACAACUAUAGCUACAACAACCACAGCAAAUAUUACAGGAACGCCAGACAACCCUGACCACAUGAUGACAACCUUUGCAGUCACUGGAGAACAGACUACAGACAACACAACAACCACCACAGCAGAAACCACAAGUCAGCCUGCAAAAAAUACAACCCUAGCAAAUGACACAGCUCCAGUCGAAUCAAAAACAGCAGCCAAAAGCAUGACAAACAUUACAGCACAAACAUUACUGAACACAACCACAGAAGCGGACAACACCUCCGCUACUGCAAAGGCAACCAGUGAAAAAACCAUAGCACCAGAGACCGCCACUUCCACAGCCAUGACCACAUCCACGACAACUAAACCGAACACAUUGACCUGUUUCACUGCGGGCACCACUGGUAUCAGUGCCAGCUUGCUGAGCUGCUUGCUGCCCAUGUUGCCACUCAUGUUGGGGUAA